AUGGAAAUGAAAAUUUUGUUCACGGUGCUAUCAGCAGUUGUACUUGUUUGUCAUGGAUCUCCAAUAGUUGACAAUGCUAAAAUAAUGUCUGGAGUUUUCAUUCCGGCUGAAACGUUUAAAACCCUUCAAGAUGACGCAGCGAGGAACGGACUACAAGAAAAGUCCAUAAUCAGUCCAAAUUCAGAAAUAGAUUCGAAUGUUCGCGUGAAUCCUUCAAAUCAACAACAGAAGGAACAGAAUGCAAUGAAUCAACAGUCCAUAUCGUUAAACCAACAACCAAGCCAGCAACAGGUUCUUAUCAAUCAACAACCUCAACAGCAACAACAAAUUUCUAUUAGUCAACAACCGCAACAACAGGCUGUUGCUCAACCGAACCAGCAAGUAGUUUACCAAACACAACCUCAGCAACAAGCUGCUGCGCAACCAAACCAGCAAGUACUUUAUCAGACGCAACCCCAACAACAAGCUGUUGCGCAACCGAACCAGCAGCUAGUUUAUCAGGCGCAACCUCAACAACAAGCUGUUGCGCAACCGAACCAGCAAGUACUUUACCAGACGCAACCGCAACAACAAGCUGUUGCUCAACCAAACCAGCAAGUAGUUUACCAAACGCAACCACAACCAUCCACUCAGCAAGUAAUUGGUCAGCCACAACAGCAAGUUGUUAGCCAACCAGAUCAACAGAUCGUAUACCAACAACCACAACAACAACCACCUCAAACCAGCCAACAAAUUAUUGUAGCUCAACCAAACCAACAAGCGGUUUAUCAACAAUCACAACCCGGUCAACAAGUUCUCGUAGGUCAGCCGAAUUCUCAGGCCAUCUACCAACAGGGAGCGCCUGGACAAAUUGUUGUAGGUCAGCCGACAUACGUAAAUCAACAACCACGUCCGGUGUACAUCUCGCAACCAGCUAACCAACAGCCAGCAUUAGUGAACCAGCAACCUAAUCGCGGACAGCCGAUAUAUUUUGCGCAACCAGGACAAACCGUGUUAUUAGCCCAACCGAACCAGCCCUCAGGUCAACAACAGUAUGUGAUCGGUCAACCUCCCCAGCAGACGAUACUUGUUGGACAAUCCGGUCAGUUUGUAAAUCAAAGGCCACCACCGGGCAGUGUGUACGCACUCGUGCCAGUCUCAAAUUCAAAUAAUCCAAAUCUUAGUCAAAGUCAAGGCAGCGGCACCAUUUACAUCCCCGUACAAGGAUCGAAUCAAGUAUUCGCUGUCUCUUCUUAA